AUGGCACCUACGCUGGAGCUCCUCGAGGAGCCUGCCGGGAAUCUGCCGGUCAAGGCAGUCUCAGCCAUCCGCAAUGGGAAUUCUGCCGAUGACCUCAAACUAGAAAGCCCAGAGAAGCAUCAACGGGUGAUGAAUGUUUUCAGAGCCUUCAUUGCUGAUAUCUGCCAGCAAUAUGGCGAAGGCCACGCUGGAUCUCCCAUGGGCAUGGCUGCCAUUGGUAUUGCCCUAUGGAAGUAUGUCAUGAAGUACUCUCCAAACAACUGCAACUACUUCAACCGGGACCGCUUUGUUCUUUCGAACGGCCAUGCCUGCUUGUGGCAGUACCUUUUCCUGCACCUUGUUGGCGUCAAGAGCAUGACACUCGAGCAGUUGAAGUCUUACCACUCAACGAAGCUCGACUCGGUCUGUCCUGGCCACCCCGAAAUUGAGAAUGAGGGCAUAGAGGUCACAACUGGGCCCCUCGGUCAGGGUCUCGCCAAUGCAGUUGGCCUUGCCAUGGCCACUAAAAACCUUGCCGCGACAUACAACAAGCCUGGCCACGAGGUGGUAAAUAAUAUGACGUGGUGCAUGGUCGGUGACGCUUGUAUUCAGGAAGGUGUUGGUCUCGAGGCACUCUCCCUCGCUGGUCACUGGAGGCUAAACAAUCUCUGUGUUAUAUUUGACAACAACUCGGUUACGUGUGACGGAACCGCGGACGUUGCCAACACCGAGGAUAUCAACACCAAGAUGCGGGCUACUGGUUACAACGUGGUAGAUGUGUAUAAUGGAGACUCGGACGUUGCUGCCAUCGUAAACGCCCUUGUUGCCGCUCGAUCGAGCGACAAGCCAACCUUUAUCAACAUUCGCACCACGAUUGGCUUCGGAUCUGCUCUGGCCGGCACGGCCGACGUACACGGAGCUGCCCUCGGAGUCGAUGAAGUGGCCAACGUCAAGAGGUCGUUCGGUCUCAACCCCGACGAGCACUUCCACAUCCCCCAGGACGUCUACGAUUUCUUCAGUGACAUCCCUGGCCGUGGCGAAGCCCACGAGGCGAGCUGGCAAGCGGCCCUGGUGAAGUAUCAUGAGGAAGACCCCGUACUGGCCGCUGAAUUCGAGCUCCGUGUCAUGGGGAAAUUGCCUGAGGAUUGGUCCAAAUGUAUUCCUCGCAAAGAAGAGCAGCCUACUGCAUCCACAGCCUCACGAAAGUCCGCCGGCGUCAUUACCAACGCCCUUGGACAGAAUAUCAAUUCAUUCUUAGUCGGUACAGCGGAUCUGACUCCCUCGGUCAAUGUCGCAUACAAAAACAAGGUUGACUUCCAAUCUCCUGAACUCCGAACAGCCUGCGGCCUGAAUGGAAACUACAGCGGUCGAUACAUCCACUACGGUAUCCGCGAGCACGCCAUGUGCGCCAUCUCCAACGGACUAGCUGCCUUCAACAAAGGCACCUUCAUCCCCAUGACAAGCACAUACUUUGUCUUCCACUUAUACGCCGCCGCCGCUGUGCGCAUGGCGGCGCUCCAAGGCCUCCAACAAAUCCACAUCGCCACUCACGACAGCAUCGGUGUUGGCGAGAAUGGCCCUACGCACCAACCCGUCGCCGUUGCUGCCCUUUACCGCGCCAUGCCCAAUGUUCUUUACAUCCGUCCAUGCGACGCCGAAGAAGUAGCUGGCGCCUACAUCGCCGCCAUCCAGGCCACUGAGACGCCUACUAUUAUCUCCCUCUCCCGUCAAGGCCUGACCCAGUACCCGCAAUACUCCUCGCGCGAGGGCACACUUAAGGGCGCCUACGUCUUCGUCGAGGACAACGAUUUCGAUGUGACUUUAAUCGGAGUCGGGUCCGAGAUGGGCUUCGCAAUGCAGACUCGGGAGUUGCUUUUCAAGGAACACGGUAUCAAAUCACGGGUUGUUUCCUUCCCUUGCAUUAGGCUUUUCGAGCAGCAGUCGCGCGAAUACAAGCAUUCGGUUUUGAAGCCGCGUGCUGGAAAGCCCACUGUUGUUAUCGAGGCGUAUCCGUCUUACGGAUGGGAACGCUAUGCUGAUGCGUCGGUGUCGAUGAAUAGCUUUGGGAAGAGUCUUCCUUCAAAGGAGAUAUAUGAGCACUACGGAUUUUCACCGGAGAGCAUCGCGCCUAAAGUUAAGGAUCUAGUGGAGGAAGUCAGGCGCGAUGGUAUUGAGAUCCUGAGGGGCGACUUUAGGGAUUUCAAUGGUGGUCUGCGGAUUGGUCUUGAGCAUUAG